CAAGCUGCCAAGCACCUCCAAGACUUCCUCAAUUACGCCGCGAUGGACUCCCUCAGACCUUCCAAACCUCGAUUUUACCCAACUGAGACAACUUAGUCGCCAACAGCAUGGCACCACACGAAGGAUUGACGCAUCUUAAGCAGUACGACAUCAAGGAUAGCAAUGUGGAGUUGAUUGGCACAGAAAUCGACCACAAAGUCAAAUACAAAUCUGCUGAGACGGAACCAGCAUGGAAGGGUCUUGGGCAACAUGCUGGCUUGUACAUCUGGCGGAUCGAAGAUUUCGAGGUCGUUCCUUGGCCGAAGGAGAAAUAUGGGCAAUUCUACGACGGAGACAGCUACAUCGUGCUCCAUUCAUACAAGAUCGGCGACAAGAAUGGGCAGGAACAAUUGGGACAUGAGAUAUUCUUCUGGUUGGGUCAAAAUACUUCUCAGGAUGAAGCAGGGACGGCGGCAUACAAGACAGUGGAGUUGGACGAAUUCUUGCGAGGUGUAGCCACGCAGCAUCGAGAGAUCCAACAGCAACCGUCCGACGAAAUCAUGCACCUGUUCCCUCGUCUCAGGAUCCUUUCUGGUGGUGUGAAGUCAGGCUUCCGACACGUCGAAGCUGCCGAGCCCGAAGAGAAAUCUAUGCUUCUUCGAAUUUUCAAGCACCCUGGAACUGGAUCUACAGUGGUGCACGAAGUACAACCCAUUUGGCAGAGCCUUGACGAUGACGAUGUCUUUGUAUUGGACAAGGGAGACAAGAUAUGGGUUUGGCAAGGGUCAAAGUGUAGUCCCAUGGAGAAGGCAAAAGGGGCUCAAGUCGUCAGUGAUUUGACUCUUGCCAAACAUAUCGACGUCGAGGUGCUUUCGCAGACCGAGGCAAGAUCUAGAGUGAUUGUUGAUUUGCUAGGAGGCAAAAAUAUCGAACAGAGAGAAUUUCGAGCUCCGAGACCUGUUUCCUCAACAUCUCAGUCGACCUCAUCGCGACCUCAGAGACUCUUCUGCCUCAGUGACGCAUCCGGUCAACUGUCGUUCAACCUUGUCAAGGAGGGACAACCUGUUCAAAGCACGGAUUUCCAGACUAACGAUGUCUUUCUCUUUGAUACUGGAAAAGCUAUUUGGGUCUGGAAGGGCCUAGGAGCUUCUCGAUCAGAGAGAGCGAUGUGGAUGAAGGUGGCACAAUCCUACCUGCGGCAGCUUCAAUCUGGACCUGGAGGAGAUGAUGCUCAUCUAACACCAUUAGCCACUGUUUCGGAAGGUAGCGAGAGUCCGGCAUUCCUCAAGGUGAUUGAUGUAAGAUGAUCGAGAGCUCCGUUUCAACUCGGAGGACCAUCUUGGCUGUUUCAAAUUAGGAUGGCAUUUAUCUUCUUAACCUAUCCACAUUCAGCGGAUGCAUUAUAUACAGGUGGAGUUGAAGACGUGAGGGUUCAUAUUUUGGUACUUUUUCUUCUUCUCGUAUUUCUAUGUUGGUGCAGUACAUGAUAACAGCUGUUUGAUUGCUUCAUAUUCUCUUCAGCCACUAAGAAGUCGUAGCGAGAUGCAUAUAUCUAGUAAUAUCUGCUAAAGUGUCUAUGGUGUCGAAAAGGAGAAAGCAUCUUGACUUUGUACGAUAUGCUCAUACAUUCACCG